CCUGGAGAGAGCUAAACGUGCAAGGGAAGUAGCUGCCUUCAAUUAGUCGUCGCUUAUUGCACUCAUUCAUUACUCCUUCCUCAUUCUCAUUCACCUCUUCUCCAUCAGCUUAUGUCUUUUUUUACUCAUCACACUUGUGCCCUUGUUCCUAUCACCGUCCGUGCGCUCAAACACGUUGCUGGAGAAAGAAACCUAAUUGCAUUUAGCCAACGAACGAAUCAACGAUCUUAAUGGCUCCCUCAUUGAUACCCGUGCCAGUGUCAGCUCACAAGAGGCAGCAAAUAACACGACGGGCAAUAGCAAUAUCACCGCCACCGAACAAGAAGACGGACCACCCAGUGCAUCCAUCAUCCAUUCAAUCCGUAUCCUCAAAGCACUCGUCGCAGUGGGUUCUCAAUAGGACGUCCAAUCGUGGCAGCGAACAAGAAGUUCGGAAGCAGGAACAGACAAAGGGGUUUAUAGACUGCAGUGGAGCCAGUACAAAGGCCAGGUCCAUGUCUGAAGCGACGCCGUUAUCGAUGUCUAUUACAGAACCUGCGUCGUUGACCUCAGGUUCGACUAUUAUUGCCGUGAGGGGAGAGAGAUUAGGUCGAUUGCGAUCGGAAUCACCACCCUUAGCUCUUUCAUUAAGAACAGAACAGGACAUAAAUGGACGACUGGAACGGGGUCACCGGCAGGUUGACGUAGUAGCAACAGCAGCAGUAACAGCAGCAGCCGGGAGGAACAUAGGUAACUACUAUGACGUUGAGAGACAAAGUCGGGAAGCGCACGGACAGAAAAAAAAGGUCGCAUCCCUUCAGACGCCCGUGCUGGGCUCUUGCAUAUUCUUGGAGAGCGUAGUGGCAGGGAGCAUGGAUGUCGGAUUGGAGGCCGCGAGCCAACUGCAGGAAGAGAGCAGGUGUACUUCGCCUGCACCGGCGACUGUACGAAAGUGUCAGAGUACACAUGUUUACUUUUUGGACCACUAUAUUGAUCUACUCAGCUAUCUCAAGAGCCGGCAAGAGCGUCUGCAUGCAUUCAAGAAAGAUCUCGCUUGGCAAAAUCAAAGAUGGAGGGAUUUCCGCACGCAGGAACGCAAGGCCCUACGCCAACGCCGUACACCGACCCAAGCGGUCCAAUUCCAAAUUCUCACACAAGUGGGCCAAGGCGGAUUCGGCGAAGUUUUCCUUGCCCGAAAAGUCGACACAGAUGAGCUCUGCGCUCUCAAGCGCAUGUCGAAGAAGCAUCUUCAUCUCCAGGAGGAGGUCCAACAUAUCCUCACCGAACGAGAUGUCCUCACCUCGACCCGAUCCGAAUGGCACGUCAAACUUCUCUAUUCCUUUCAGGAUCCGGACUUUGUCUAUCUCGCCAUGGAGUUCGUUCAAGGCGGGGACAUCCGAACCAUGCUUAGUGCGCGCGGGGUUCUUCGCGAAGAAGAUACGAGGUUAUAUUUUGCCGAGAUGGUGAUGGCGAUUGAUGCGUUGCACCAGCAGGGAUAUAUCCAUCGGGAUCUGAAGCCGGAGAACUUUUUGAUUGAUUCGACAGGGCAUAUAAAGUUGACGGACUUUGGAUUGUCGAAGGGGCAGUUGGCGGAGGGACGGAUUGAGGCGAUGAAGCAGAAGUUGAGGGAGGUGAAGGAUAGUAUGGAACCGGCGGCGCCGCUGUUGAGACGCGGGAGUGAUGGGUCGUCGCUGUUUAUGAACGAAGGGAUCCGACGGGCGUAUUCGAUCGUCGGGUCCGCAGAUUAUAUGGCCCCCGAGAUCCUGGCUAGUAAGGGUUACGACUAUGGGGUGGAUUAUUGGUCACUGGGAUGCAUCCUGUUUGAGUUCCUGUGCGGGUACAGUCCAUUCCAGGCGGAAGAUACGAGACAGACAUGCGUGAAUGUAUGGCAUUGGCAAAGGGUGCUGCAGAGGCCUGUGUAUGACACGCAGGAGAAUCUUGAGUUUAACGUGACGGAUGAGGCCUGGGGUCUUAUCACUAGCUUGAUUACGGAUAGGGCGGAGCGGAUGACGACGCUGCGGCAGGUGAAGAACCACCCUUGGCUGGCAGGACUUGACUGGGACAACCUACGAUCCAUGCCUGCUUCGUUCGUACCAGCAGUUUCAACACCGAUGGACACGAGCUACUUUGAUGACUUUUCAAAUCCAGAGGACAUGGUCGGGUACGAGGACGUGCUGCUGCGUCAGGCUCAGCUUCUGAGGAUGCAGGAUCCGUGGAAGGGGGCGUUUGUCGGAUUCACGUUCCGGCAUCCGGAUCACCACCAGACCCAAAGCCAGAACCAGAACCAGAACUACGAGGGUGGUGAUCGCCACCAACUAUGA